CGGGUCUCACCACGACUCCUGUCUCUCAACUCUCCCCCAUUUCUUUUCUUCGUCUCGAAGGUAAAACUAAAAAACAAUCAACUUGUAAAACAAAAACUCCGUUCUCUCUCUCUCUAUUUCAAGAAAUUGACAAUUAUAUCGGGAAACCCUAAAAGAUGCAAGAAGCAGAGCUUCACGAUUUAUCAGACGAUGCCGAUUAUGCAGCGUCUCAACAACAAGGAUCAGCGAGCAUGAUGCGGUGCGACAGUGGGAAAAGAAGCUCGUCAAGUGAACCGGAGGGAGCCCAAAUUGUUUAUUUGAAGGAUAAUGUUACAAUUCAUCCUACUCAGUUUGCCUCUGAACGGAUCAGUGGAAGAUUAAAGUUAAUUAAGCAAGGCUCUUCUCUCUUCAUGACAUGGAUUCCAUACAAAGGACAAAUUACAAAUGCUAGACUAUCUGAGAAAGAUAGAAAUCUUUAUACCAUUAGAGCGGUGCCAUUUGCUGAUGUGAAAUCCAUUCGGAGGCACACUCCAGCUUUCGGGUGGCAGUACAUUAUUAUUGUUCUGUCAUUUGGACUUGCAUUUCCUCCCCUUUACUUCUAUAAUGGAGGAGUUCGAGAGUUCCUUGCUACAGUCAAGCAACACGUUUUACUUGUGAGGUCAGCUGAAGACUCUAAUGUAUUUCUUGUUAAUGACUUCCAAAAUCCUCUGCAGCGAACAUUGUCUUCAUUGGAGCUACCAAGGGCAGUUUCCGUGGUUAGUGUGCCAUCACCUCUUCCAGUUGAGGAGUCUACUUCACAACAAAAUGAAGAGAGAACUGAUUUAAGUGCUAGUAUUCCUCAAUAUAACAGAAGGCAGAGGCAAAAGGGUCAUGAUCCUGCUCGAGACAUUUCAAUUCAAGUUUUGGAGAAAUUCUCUCUUGUAACGAAGUUUGCCCGAGAAACAACUUUGCAGUUAUUUCGCGAGACUAAUAACAAUGAUUUUGGUCCUUUAGAGAGGAGAAACUCUAACCAGUCUACCCUUGAUUAUAGUCGCAAACCAUCUGACUAUGAUGUGGAUGUUCCUAUUCAACGCCCCGUUGAACCAGAUCCUCUUGAGUUUGACAAACUCUCACUACUGUGGGGAAAACCCCGACAACCACCACUGGGGUUGGAAGAGUGGACCUCAUUCUUGGAUUCAGAAGGGCGAUUGGUGGAUCCAAAAGCUUUAAGAAAAAGAAUAUUUUAUGGAGGAGUUGAACACAAAUUUCGUAAAGAGGUCUGGGCAUUAUUGUUGGGAUAUCAUACAUAUGAAUCGUCUUAUGCUGAGAGGGAGUAUGAAAAGUCCAUAAAAAGGACAGAAUAUGAGACUAUAAAAAAACAGUGGCAGAGUAUAUCUCGUGAGCAGGCAAAAAGAUUUACAAAAUUCAGAGAGAGGAAAGUCCUUAUAGAGAAAGAUGUGGUUAGGACAGACAGGUCACUCUCAUUCUAUGACGGGGAUGACAAUCAAAAUGUUAAAAUUUUACGUGAUAUUCUCUUGACGUACUCCUUUUUCAACUUUGAUCUUGGCUAUUGUCAGGGUAUGAGCGACCUGCUAUCCCCAAUUUUGUUUGUCAUGGAGGAUGAGUCAGAAUCAUUUUGGUGUUUUGUUGCACUGAUGGAACGCCUUGGGCCCAAUUUUAAUCGUGAUCAGAAUGGCAUGCACUCUCAGCUUUUUGCAGUAUCUAAGCUGGUGGAGUUGUUAGACAGCCCUUUACAUAACUAUUUCAAGCAGAACGAUUGCUUGAAUUAUUUCUUCUGUUUCCGCUGGAUUCUGAUACAGUUUAAAAGGGAACUUGAAUACGAGGAAACAAUGCGAUUGUGGGAAGUAUUGUGGACGCAUCAUUUGUCGGAGCACCUCCAUCUGUAUGUGUGUGUAGCUGUCUUGAAGCGCUAUCGAAGCAAAAUAAUCGGAGAGCAAAUGGACUUUGACACCCUCUUGAAGUUCAUCAAUGAGUUGAGUGGGCAGAUUGCCCUUGAUGCAACCCUCAGGGAUGCCGAGGCUUUAUGUAUAUGCGCUGGGGAGAACGGAGCCGCCUGCAUCCCACCUGGAACUCCACCCUCAUUACCGGUUGAUGCUGGUUCAUUCUAUAACCAGCAAGAUGAUGAUGUACUGUAAUUGUCAACCAUCCCUUUUCCUGCAAAAAGGUAAUUGUUGAAUUUAGUUCAGUAUUAUCUCAUAGUGUGAAACCAUUUCAUUCUUCUUUUCCUUUGUCCCCCUCCCCCUCCCACACACGCGCACACACAAAAACAAAAAAAAACAAUUAUUUCUAGUGGAUUGGAUGAAUCAAUGUAUUAUAUGUUUUCCCUUGAUACGG